GAAAAAUACGUUCAGCCUCCCGGAAGACGGCAGGAGCGACCAGCUGCGUUGUUUUGCUGCUGAGACAACUAGCUAGCCAUCCAUCCAGCGGUGCUAGCAAACAAACAACUAAACUGAAUAUGGCUGGAACUUCAUCAGUAGCUGGUGAAGUAUUUGUCGAUGCCCUACCGUAUUUUGACCAGGGUUAUGAUGCAGCGGGCGUUAGAGAGGCGGCUGCAGCCUUGGUAGAGGAGGAGACUCGCCGAUACAGACCCACCAAGAACUACCUCAGUUAUAUGCCAACACCUGAUUUCACUACAUUUGAAACUGAAAUCAUGAGGAACGAGUUUGAGAGACUAGCAGCCCGGCAGCCCCUGGAACUUCUCAGCAUGAAGAGAUAUGAGCUUCCAGCUCCAUCAUCAGGGCAGAAGAAUGACAUCACUGCAUGGCAGGAGAGUGUGAACAACUCCAUGGCUCAGCUGGAGCAUCAAGCAGUGCGCAUUGAGAACCUGGAACUUAUGGCACACUACGGUACCAAUGCAUGGAAGGUCUACAAUGAUAACCUGGCCUUUAUGAUUGAAUUGGCUCAAAAAGAACUACAGAAAUGUAGAAAGCAGAUUCAGGACUUGAACUGGCAACGGAAGAAUGAUCAGCUUGCAGGCGGGGCCAAGCUGAGAGAGCUGGAGUCAAAUUGGGUGUCCCUCGUAAGUAAGAACUAUGAGAUUGAACGUGCCAUCGUCCAGUUGGAGAAUGAAGUUGGACAGCUCAAACAGCAGCAUGGUGACGAGAAUAAGGAAAACAUUCGACAGGACUUCUAGAAACAGAACCUUGCAGAAGAGACAUUUUACAAGAAAGGAAAUGUUGAGCUUGCAGCUGAGAACAACGAAAACCAAUGUGAAAAGAACAGGACUGUCCCUCCAAACUUUAAGAACCUAGUUGCCUUGGCUGCACAGCUUCUUAUGACAGUCUUUACUUUAGUGUCAGACAGUGACCGUUGAAAAACUAUUGGUCCUGUGUAGAGCAUAUUUGGUGUACCUCGAUCACUUCAGAGGUGAAGUCUGAUUUUGCUGUUUGUUUUUUUUUUUACUUUUAUCAAUGCUUGUCAAUUUGAGUAAUUCUACAAUGAGGUAGUUAAUAACAAAUGAUGCAGUCUACAAAAGUCACUUGAUUUCUUAACAUAUAGACAUAAGUACAGGUGAAGUCGGAAGUUUACAUACACCUUAGCCAAAUACAUUUAAACUCAGUUUUUCACCAUUUCUGACAUUUAAUCUCUGUAAAAAAAUUCCCUGUUUUAGGUCAGUUAGGAUCACCACUUUAUU